GAUGAUGAUUGCUUGUGUUGCAGUCGAAACGUCGUGAGAAUUUUAUCGUUUUAUAUUUUUAUUUUAUUGUUUCCCUUCUACGUGACUACCAAAAGAACCAAGAAUAAGUUUUUUUUGUUCAUUUUGGAAGUUCUAACAUUUAAAUGAAGGUUCCGAGAAGCCCAUUCCCUCAUGGCCACCAGACGGCAGUUAAGACGCCACACAGCCCCCGAAAGCGCACCACGCGCAGUGCUUUGGGCACUGGUUACAGACCGUGAAUCAACCGCUGUUACCCUCAUACGUUCACCCAACCACACACGCAGCUCACAUUACCGCAUUAAACACUUAGGGCCGCCACUGCAGAAUGUUGACGAAAUGGCGAAAAACAUUGCAUUUGCGAUUUUUUUUACCUCGUUGAUAAUCUAGAUGUUGACAUUCUUUGGUCAAAAUUGUACAAAAAUUCGGCGAAGUGCAUUUAGCGCUUAACCUCGCUUUUCGGCGGUUGUGCAAACCACAUGCAGAAUGGUAAAAGUGACGAAGAUAAAAUGCAUCCGGAAGGAGGUGUGGUUUGGCAAAUAAUGUGUUCUCGUAAUGAAGCACACUGCUCGUCCACGUGACUCACGCACUGGUCAGGAGAUUUGGUGCAGUGAUGGGAGUCGGGCUGCUAUCACCCAACCAGUGGGUGUUCAUCAAAGAGCCGAUUCCGUUGCCGCUGGAGAUGCACGUUGUAAUUGCCCAUGGCUGUACCAUGACAGCAUUAAUUGGUUCGGUCGGAAUCCACCAUUUAAGCGACGUAUUGCUCCCAUUGGCCACAACUUGAGACAACAGCACUGAUUUCGGCACCUUUUUCAACGCCACAGCUGCGCAACACAGAAAGGCCACCAUAUACGCAGUGACUCAUCCCAUUGUAACACGCUCUUUGUUUCCCCGAGCUAAACUCGCAGUGGUGGGGAAAACGCCUUUAAACUACUUCGAUAGCGAUAUGGCGAUGAAUAAACAUCUUUAAAUCACUGCACAUCCAUCCAUCAAAUUGAAGCUGUCUAGUGAGCACAAGCAACAAACCAACUGGUCCAUGGUACGUAGUUGUCCCGCCUCCAGGUCAGGUUACGCCCUCUCAAAAGGAAAAACCCGCGGCGGAUGUUUUGCUGCUGCUAAUUGUUGGUGUAUCGCUACGUUUGGUUUCUCGAGCUGUUAAGCGCGACGGUUGAACAUCUUUCAGCGAGGUAGCGUGGCGACUUGUCAAAAUGUAAAAAUAGGACUGAAGGCAGCAGGAGACUGAAGUACUGUAGCCCGCGACCUUUUGCCGUCAACCUGAACGGUCGGUGCCUUCAGAGGCCUUUGUAAAGCAGGUGUGUUUCGGAAUCUGCAGUCGCACAGGUGUAUUAUAGUUUUUAUUAUUAUUGUAUGGAAGUUGGUGCACGGCAGGUGAUGGGGGUCGGUGGGAGCGGGUGGGGGGGGGCUACCAGGUAUGCUGUAAAUUGCUGACGUAGGCUUUAAAAAAAAAGGAAAAUGUAUAUUUUACACAACCAGAGAAUGAAAAGUUUAAAAAGGUGGCUUGCAAACAAAUUUCUGGAUGUGUCUUUUUCCGUACUGUGCACAUGUUACAUGUUAUGUACAUGUUAGAAUACAUUGAAAGCCACAUUUGUAACAUAACGAGAAAACAAUACAACGUUGUCAAUACCCGCUUGUGUUAUGGUGAUUUUUGUUCGCGUUGUGGGUGUCAUUUUGCCCAUGUUCGCCUAUUGCAACUAAUCUCAACAUACAACUCUCACGCACCUGCAUAUGGAGAUUUCGUUUUUUUGGUUCAGCAAAAAGAUUGCCCCCUUUUGUGGGAAUUUUCGGUCAGGUUGUUACUCCUCGAGACAAUUUCUCGUAACAGCAACGUGGAAUUUCCACCACUCACAGUGGAAGUGAGCAAAGCUAUCUGAUACACCUUUCAAGGCGUAUGGUCUAUCUCGUCCUAUCGAUUUCAGCAGUAAGGCUGCCGCCAAUACACCUUUCCAUAUCUUUCACGGCGCGCACAUAAAAUACAAAAGUAUAUUUACACAUACCAUCGGCCACGGACAUUGACUCGCAGAAGCCCGUCUGGCCGAUGGAAUGUGUAAAAAAGAUAAAACGACUUUAAUUUGUUAUCUGGAGAGAGAGAGAAGCGUGAAGGAGGCAGGCGUAUUGUUUGCGUUUUUCUCUUGUUAACGUAUAUUGGCCGUGAUUAUUUUGUAUCCUGGAAGUGGAUGAGGAUAAAAUGUAUUAAGUAUAGAAGUGAACAAGUAGCAGGUUGGGCAAUGACGAAGAUAAGGUAUUUAUCCAGCAGUGGAUAUAUAUACAAUAGAUUAUGGUGGCAAGUGGUUGUGAUGAUCAGAAUAUUUAUUUAUACUGGCGGAAUCCGAUAAGCUAUGAAGCUCAUUCGACAGGUAAGCAGGCAAAUAAUUGCCGUGCUUCGUGGCGUUAUUAUCACCAUCGUCGUCGUGAUUGUUGUUGAGGUGCAUUGGCUGGUUGGCUGAUGGUCGAGAGGGCGGGAGGAAGCGCCGAGUGGAGUGAGUGAGAGAGCUUGCAGCUAUAAGUAACAGCCAGCACACCUCGCUCGCUCCUCAUUUCGCUGAGACAGAGCGCUGGGGCGUCACGCUGCAGGGAACCAGCGUCAGAGGAAAAAGGAUACAGAGGAGAGAGGUGGGGGGGAAAGUUGAACGAUAAAAUAUAUAUAAGAAUAAAACUCGUCAUCCCAAACGCCCAUGGUUCCAUCGCAGAGUCGACGCGCCUCCUGGCGAGAGGCAGCCAACGCAGCUGUCAUGUGGAACAUGAUCAGAUCUCUCAAGCCUCCGGGCAAGACCUCAGAUGAGAAGACAUCUCUGCAGCAGCAGCAGCAGCAACAGCAGGGCAAGGAAGCGGCAGCUUUCGGCAUGGUGGUCACUCCGGGCAGAAUCCCACAGUUUAUCAUCCCCUCGCUGGAAGUGGUGCUGGUGGUGCCUCCGCCCGCAACUGCCUCCGCCGCCGACGCAGCCGGACGCGACGACGCGACGUUGGGGGUGCCCUCGCUGAGCCGCACCCUCAGCCAAUCUGACCCCGUGAUGAGGAGGAGGCAUGGGGCCAAGACGGCGUCGGGGAGCUCGGCGGGAGACCUCCUGGACGCCAGCGACCCUCUCAUGCGUGCGGCCAUGUCGCUGCCGCACCUGCCCAAGAGCACGACCCCCUACGGGUUCCCCACGGUCACGGAGAGUCCUCACACGCGCAGGAAGGAGUCCCUCUACUUCGAGAGCGACCACGAGGAGCAAGGCGAUGCCUGCCAGAUGGUGGCCGGUGAAGCUGCCGGGACCUGUGGUGGUACUGUAGUAGGAGGAGGAGGAGGAGGUUUGCCAUUGUACCGAAGUCGAUCGAAUCCCGUACCUGGUCAGGCGCGCUGCGGUGCUGCGCUGGCUGUCGAUUUUGAGCUGGUCGCCAGCCGUGCCAUCUCUUGGGAGACCAUCCCGGCUCUCACAGUGACUCCGCCAGACGAUGGGUUCUUCAAGAAGCCAAAGACGAGGUUCAGGGGCCUCAUCAGAAAACACUUGCCCAGCAUUAAACGCAUGAAACAAGGCAGCGGCGGCGCGAAGAAUAAAGAGGCGAGCCAAGAGCCAGGGGACAGUCGGGGAAGGGAAUAAUAAGUCACCUCCGCUGUUUAUGUUUGAAGAAGGACAUUUUUUUAUUAUGAUUUCUGCAUUCGGCCACUGUGGUUGCAAGUGUAUUAAAUCAAGGUUUUGUAAACGCAUCGUCAGCAUCACCAUCCUUAUCAUUCUCAAAAGGUUUCUUACCGUAUUACUUAUUUUAUUUACUGCUUGCUUUUCUUAUGGUAUUUGUUGCGCGCGGUUGCAAUUCACUCGGUGUUAGCCGCUGAGGUCUUGACGGGUUUCUCUUUUCAUUCCCGUUGCUGCUCUACGACCCCCCGUUCCGUGCCCGUUCCGCUGUAAUGUGCACCGAUGCCUACUUUAUUGAGAGCGCUAUUGCCACGUAAAAUAAAGAUUGAAUGAUCAUCAUCAUCAUCAUCUUCGUCACCAUCAUCGUCACCAUUAUCGUCAUGAUCCUCAUCAUCAUCUUAUGAUUAUUAUUUCUCAUCUUCGUCUUUGUCAUCAUCUUCCACGUUAUCUUUCAUUUUCGUCAUGAUCAUCACCGCCAUCGUCGUCUUGUUCCUCAUCAUCAUCAUCAUCCCUAUCAUCUAAAUAAUUAUUAUCAUCAUCAUCAUCAUCCCUAUCAUCUAAAUAAUUAUCAUCAUCAUCUUCCUCAUCAUAAUUUUUCUUUACAUUGUCGCCAAUAGUCAUGCACACACUUACAUUAUACACACACGCUGCACAUUAUUAAUAUACAUCAACAUGUACAGACACACGCGUGCGAGGGACACUGGAAUGAAAUGCGUCAACUUUGUGUUUGAAAAAAAUAAAAUCGAAUUAUGCGUUAUGCAGUUGGGUAUUGAGUUUGUGGUAGAUGCAUGUUUACAUUACGCGUUGCACGCGUCUGAUGAUUGACAAACACGCGUUACAUGAUGUUGAGAGGGCUGAGUGAAUGGGAAAUCUGCGUGCGUCAAGCGUGACGUUAAUGAUCACGAGACCGAGGUUUUUCUUACGUGGCGCUAUUGGUGAUAAAUCAUCAGGCAAGUGCAGCGUGCUCACACUUAAUUUGAACUGAGACUGAUUACCACAAAAACGCUAACCGCGAUUGAUUACGAGGGAUUGGAGAUUAGUAAAUAUAAUUUUCGGUAACGUUACAUUUCAUUAACUGAUUUAUCGGGGAAAGCCUCAAAAAGAGUCUCAAGAUAUUUUGCAGGGGGCUGCUGCAUUAGGAUGUCAAUUCUCUUAUCAUGCAGCUUUUGCGCUUGAGAGGAAACCGGGGCGUCUGAAUAAACCCCACGACGACCAGGAGACAAUGCUACAAGCUACAAAACAUCCGUACGGAUCUCUCAUUCAGAAAAAAAUCCUACGACCCAAAUCACUAUCACUGUGCCCGAUCUCAGACUCCCAAGCAGGAGAUAGGAGUGGUCAAUAUUUGGAUGGGCGACCACCUGGCUUGCGAUGUGUUGUAGGCGUGGGAUCGCAUGGUGCCUUAGGAGAUGGAAGUAAAGCCAGGGUCAUAUUUAGGCAAACGUGUACUGUAAUUGCCACCCGGGACACCAGGACAGAAUAAAGACCCCUCCCCUAUCAACCCUCUCUCCCCUUACAGCAAUUAACAAAGGCGGUUAAUGCUCAUGUUGUUGAUUUUGUUUAUAUUACUCAAAAGUAAAGUAUAACGUGAAUACACAAUGAUACUUUUCUUAAUAUGAGAAUGUAUUGCCUUCUGUAUUCCACGUCCCUGACGUUCCCUCCUCUCUCCAUAAACACGGCCCGGAGCACGGCAGUGGAUCGUUUAAACCAUCAGUUGCGACUGAUUUACCUAUGCGUGGAUUUUCACUGGGUACUCCCUCCGAUUUCCAUCCAAAUUGUCCAAAUAUCCAAACGCACGACUCGACUGAAAACAGAGUGUUCAGCCUCGAUGUGGCUUUCUCGGGUAAAUGUAUACAUUAUUAUCAAAAGUGUACAGUACUUUGUUUUUGUUAAUCAUGUCAAGUAUGACAUUUGUUUUCAUGCGGCCCGGAACAUCAUUUUCUAUAAUGGCUUUUCGAAAAUGUCAAAUGCAUCUGUUGUUCCUGUCGUGAGUAUUUUGUUAUUAAACUUAAUGUGGAUAAUCGCUCGUGCAGCAUCAACAACA